GCAUGGUUAUAGGCAAGCAUAUAUGUAAAGUAUAAUUUGCAAUAUCGAAAAAAAUAAUAUCCGGAUAAUCAGGGAAAAUCAACUGCUUAGAACAAAAUUAAUAAGUCAAUACUGAGAUAAAGCUAUGGCAAAUAAUUCGAAGAAAGGUAAUAAUGAGUCAAAAGUGCCGCAUCUCGAGGUAUUUGAACGUGUAAAAAGCAUUCCAAUCGUUCAAUCGGCAAUUGAGAAAACGGGAUCCACCUACUCAUAUGUCAAAGAUUCGAACAAUUUUAUAAACUGGGCCCUAAAUUAUGCCGAGGCUGGUCUUCAUUAUGCUACAGCAACAGCUGCCCCAAUUGCUGCCCCCUUAGCGAAGAAGUUCGAAGGGCAAAUAAAUACUGUUGAUCAGAAACUUUGCCAAGGUUUAGACAUCGUGGAGAAGAAAGUGCCAAUUGUCAAAGAACCACCCACGAAGAUCUACGAAUCCGCAAAAUAUGUGAUGAACAGCUCGCUUCAACCGACAAUCGAAAAGUUAAUGUCUGCCAAGGAUUCGGCCACCACUCAAGCAACGGCCUUAAAGGAGAUUAGUGUCAACAAAGCUAAUGAGAUACUUAACACUCAUUAUGGAUCUAUGGCUGUUCAAGGCGUUGACAACACAAGCGUGCUGGUGAAUCGUCUUCUGGAUCACUAUUUCCCGCGUGUAGAGGAUGAAGAAGAGAAGCCAGCACCAGUUUCAGCCGAAGAAAAUAAAGUAUUACAUGCUGUACAAACAAUCGGACAAUUAUCCACGAAAACUGCCACCAGGGUCUAUCAUUCUGUAUCCGCACAAUUAAAAACUAUAAAGAAAGAAGAUGUCGCGAAUUAUAUGGCAAGUGUUGUUUCGAUUCUUCAUUUAGCAAACUUUUUGAAUGUGAGUCAGAAGGAUGACACAGGCUGUAGUUCAAACAAUCAAUCAACAACAUUAAACGAUGAUAAGCUGAAAGACUAAAUACAAUUAUAACGUUGACAUAAUUUAUAAAUGAAAUGCUAUCAAAGAUUAAUUGUGAUUAA